AUGACUUCGCAAGCAAAUACAGAUAUUGCUCACCGUUGGUUUGAAGCAUUUAAUAGUCAUGAUCUAGAGAAACUAUUGUCGCUCUACGAUGAAGAUGCUAAACAUUAUAGUCCGAAGCUAAAAAUACGUCAGCCUGAAACACAUGGUUUGAUACAAGGAAAAACUGCAUUGCGCACUUGGUGGAAAGAUGCUUUCGAUCGAUUACCUUCACUGCAAUAUGAAUGUACAUCACUUACACCUAACGAUAAACGUAUAUUUAUGGAAUAUACACGUCAUGUGUCAAAUGAACCCGAUAUGCUUGUAGCAGAAGUGUUGGAAAUAAACAAAGUCGGUUUUAUUACGGCAUCUCGCGUUUAUCAUGGAUAA